CAACGUUGCCCACUAAAGUCGAGUUUUUAUUUCUUACCAAGCAAUAAUAUCGGCACAUUUUUAAUGUGCACAAAGUAAAAUAUGAUUUGACACUUGGAUUCGUUCUAAUUUAAAAAAAAAAAAUCGAAGAAAUAUAUUUUUUUUCGUCAAUUGCUUUAAACUCAAUUAAAGCACAUUUUAAAAAAAAAUUUUGUUGUGCGUGUUUUUUGUGCGGAGAAAAUUAAUCAUCGUGUGUUGGCAUUUAUUUUAAAAUAAAUUUGCAUUUAACUUUUAAUCGUCAAGGAAUUGAAUAUUUAUAAAAUAAAAUAAAAAAUAGAAGAAAAUCGAUAAAAAGGCAACAUAACCUCUAAACUAUACGAGCGAUAAGUUUUUUAAAUUGUCAUCAAAAUUGAUAUUGAACUGAACAAAAUGACGGCUGGAGAAACAAAGGUGGAAACGCCGCAGACAAACGGCGAUGAGCCAGUCCAAGUCAUUGUCCGACAAAAUCCACCUAUCACAUGCGGGUCUCGGAUAACGGGGUUCAUCUCAUGUUAUUGGAGAGCGUUAGUUAUCUUCCUCGUGCCGCUUGCAUUUUUACCGGUUAUGCUUUUGAAUGAAGGACCUGCCUACAGAUGUAUGUACGUCGUACUUGUAAUGUCAAUUUUUUGGGUUACUGAAGCGAUGCCCUUGCCAAUCACAUCGAUGAUACCGAUGGUUGCUUUCCCAUUACUUGGUGUUCUGUCGACAGAUCGCACAUGCAUGAUGUACUUCAAGGAAACGAUGUUGAUGUUCAUUGGUGGUAUCAUUAUUGCGCUCGCCGUUGAAUACUGUAAUUUGCAUAAAAGAGUGGCACUUAAAGUAAUUUCAAUUAUUGGAUGCAGUCAGAGAAGAUUAAACUUUGGCUUAACUGUCGUUACGAUGUUUGUUUCUAUGUGGAUUUCGAAUACUGCUGCUGUCGCCAUGAUGUGUCCCAUUAUGCAAGCUGUCUUGGAGGAACUUGAAAGACAAGGUAUUUGCAAGAUGUACGUGGAGAAGAAAAAGAAGUCCGAAGAAGAAGGAAUGCUUGGCGCUGAUAAGAAAGUCGACGAAGAACCUCCAUACCCAUCAAAGACCACAAUUUGCUAUUUUGUCGGUGCCUCAUACGCUUCGACAUUGGGCGGUGUCGGAACAAUUGUCGGUUCUGGCGUGAAUUUGACGUUCAAGGGUAUCUACGAAGGUCGUUUCCCGAAUGCACCCGGUCUUGAUUUCCCCAAAUGGAUGUUCUAUAACGUGCCUGGCAUGUUGGUCUUCACUUUCUUGACAUGGGUCUACUUGCAAUGGCUCUACAUGGGUCUUUUCCGUCCCAACAGCAAAGAAGCCAAGGAAUGUGACAUCGGCGAAGAAGGAGAACGCAUUGCCCGUGAAGUCAUUGAAAAGCGUUACAAGGAAUUGGGUCCCAUUACAAGUCACGAAUAUAGCGUCGCAUUUUUGUUCUUGUUGGCAGUCGUUUUGUUCUUCACACGUCAACCUGGUUUUAUGACGGGAUGGGCUGAUUUGUUGCCUGCUGUUGCCAUUCGUGAUGCUACGCCUGCAAUUUUCAUCGUAAUUACGUUCUUCAUGAUUCCCAUGAGUUGGCGCUGUCUGAAAUUCUGCAAGAAAAAUCCCGGAAAACUCCCUACCGAACCAACGCCCGGCUUGAUCACGUGGAAAUUCAUCAACCAAAAAGUCCCAUGGAGUCUCAUCUUUUUGUUGGGUGGCGGUUUUGCACUUGCUGAAGGAGGUCGUGUUUCGGGCAUGUCAUCGCUCAUCGGACAAUCGUUGGCUCCCCUGAGUAAACUUCCCAAAUUCAUUCUGUUGUUGAUCGUUUGCAUUACGGGACAAACUUUGACGGAAUUCACAUCGAAUGUCGCUAUUGCGAACAUUUUACUGCCCGUUCUUGCGGAAAUGGCGCUCGCUAUUGAAACGCACCCGUUGUAUUUGAUGUAUCCAGCUGCUCUGUCCUGCUGCUUCGCUUUCCACAUGCCCGUGGGAACACCCCCGAAUGCCAUUGUUGCAGGCGUCGGAAACAUUCGCACGAAAGAUAUGGCAAUUGCUGGCAUUGGACCGACGAUUUUCACACUUCUUGUGGUUUGGUUGAGCUUCCCGACAUGGGGCAGCAUCGUUUAUCCCGAACUCAAUGAAUUCCCGCAAUGGGCAAAGGAUGAAGUUGCGCAUCUCGCGACGCAAGCAACGCCCCUCUUGACAACUCUCGCUGCCAAUGUGACGCAAGCCUUGACAAACAGCACCGGGCUGUAAAUUACGUAACGCCGGCAACUCAGAAAUUCUCUUUUUU